AUGGAGCAGUUUUUGAAGAUCCUCAAAAGCCAAACAAAGAGAGUCAAAGAGUCCGCGGAAGGAGUCACGCUCAGUGACUCCAAAGAAAUCACAAAAGUCCACCAAAAGAACACCAUUCAAUCCGUCCCUAAAGGACUGAACUUGACGCUGACUCGAACAAAAACCCGCGAACGAAAGGAACGACGCAUUUUUGUCCCAAAGGAAAAAGCCCGAAAUCCGUCUGUCGAUGAUUUUUAUAAGACCGUAGAUUUGUACAAAACGAGAAAGAUUCUUGCGAGCUCGACUAUGAGGCUCCUGGGAGAGCAGAUAAACGCGAUUUUACUAUAUCUUGAUAGAGUCGAGCCCCAACUGUACUCUUCCUACUGGUUCAAAAAAGUACAAAACUCUCUUCUCAAGCCUUCAAACUCGACCCUGAAAGAAAGAACCAACACUCCGCUCGCCCAAAUACAGUCAGAAUUCGCAGCCGACGUAGCUGGAUUAGACGAAGUCGAAAAUGUCGAGGCAAAAAUCAACAAGAGGGCGAUUGAGAUACAGUCGAUUGUUCCAGACACUGUUCUUCAUGAUAAGCUACAGUGGAUUCGAGUCAGUCUCCGACAAAGAAUACUGAACACAAAAAUGGCCCUGCUAAAUCUUGAAUGCAUGCUGGAUCUUGAAGCCCCGAUGCCUUACGAUGCUGACGAUGUCAGUUUCGAUCAGUCCCAACUGUCUUCCGAAGACUACACGAUCUCUUUCGAUAUUCACUCCGAAGCUUUGAUAUCGUCGACAAGUGAGAUGUGUAUCGAAUGA